AUGAACCAUCAUGAGCUUGAUGAGAAUAUCAACCUCUUAGUAGACCUCCAGUCAUUGCGUUGGCGCGAGCCCUCCCUCUAUUCGAGUCUAUAUCGGCCUCAUCGCCAGCGUCGCCACCAUAUCGACACUUUGAUUGCCACUGGUUUUCCUUACUCGAUAAAAUUGGACAAGCAUUUGUCCUGUGUCAAUACACUAGCGUUCUCGUCCUCAAAUGGGCGAUUCUUGGCCAGUGGAGGCGAUGAUCUUGAUAUUCAUAUCUGGGAUCUGUAUGAAGACCACCUUCGAGCGCCAUGCCAUACUCUAACAGGUCACUAUAAAAACAUUUUCCAACUCAAGUUCUCUGCACAUGACCGUUACCUUUACUCGGGUGGGGUUGACAACAUGGUGCUUCAGUACGACGUUUCAACCAUGGGUUUGCGUGGAAAAAUCUCUUCACUUGCUCAUCAAGUAUUUCGAGAACACGACGAUAAUAUUCGAGGGAUAGCCACUCAUUGUGUCCAAGACGACGUAUUUUUGACCGCAGGUGAAGACGGUCGAAUAAUCCAACAUGAUCAACGCGCCACACCAGCCUCUCGUGCUCGAGCCCAGGACACCCUACAACUCCAAGCAGAAGUCACAAGCGUCGAAUUUCAUCCCACCAUGGAUCAUAUUUUCGUAACGAGCGAUACUGGUGGAGCAGUCUGUCUUCGUGACCGGCGUAUGGCAUUUGGUCCUGGAAUCCAACGUACCAAUCAGGGAAUCGUACAAACGUACACUACCAGGCUUUCCCGCAGAGACAAGAUAUUCCUGGCCAAUCCUGAGCCGAGCAGUGUUGUUUUCAAUCGCCAAGGAACACAGCUUGCUGUUACGAUGCUCAACUACUUUCCAACCAUAUACGGCCUUCAUGACCCUAAUCCUUUGGCGGUUUGUAGCGCUCCAAAUCUGCCAAAUGGAAUACCCGUCUCAGCACGUCAGCGCACAUAUAGCAAUCGUUGUACCAUCAAACACGGAGCCUUUGGUGGGCCAGGUCUCGAUCAAGACACUCUUUACAUCGCCGGUUCGGAUGACUUUCAUGCUUAUGCUUGGUCGUUACCUCCCGGUGCCAUUCUCGAUGCUAAAAAGACGGUCGUCGCUAAAGACGAAUGGGACAUGGGCUUUGAAGGAGUGGUUGCAUUUGCGAAUCACCCGGCCGGCUCACGCUGUAUUCCCGCGCAGCUAGAUACGCCACUUACGCGUCUCGGUGGCCACAGCUCUGUUGUAAACACGGUUCAGAUCCAUCCACAUAUGCUAGUUGUGGCAACCGCAGGUGUCGAAUCACGUGUACUAUUACAUGGAGCCGUCAACUCACUGUUUGGUGGGAUGGAGGCUACGAGUACUUCGGUCCGUGAUCCUCUGGAUCAAUGGGCGUGGGACGGCGAAUCUUACGGCUCAGAUUGGGAAGCAGACCAGUUGGAAACCAUAUAUUUAUUCGAUAGUAUUGUUCUCGAAGAAACCAAUGCUUCGAGAGACAUUUUCAACACUCGCAAAUGGGUGCCGCCCGAAUCUGAUGACCUGGAUGAGGAGGAGUUGGGUGCCUCUGAUUCGGCCGAAGAUUUAAUGUCAUCGGAUUAG